UCUGACUGUGGCUUGUCCCUCCUGUAAGCCUGUGUGUCAGCAUUCUUGGGAAACUAGUUUUCUCCCGGAUGGAUUUGGGUCUGGAGAGCUGUGGCACAGGGUCAACUCCAGGGUCCAGAUGGAAACUGGAAAGAUCCUGUUUCGGGCUGUUCCUUAGUUCCUGUGUCCAGAUGGUUCUGGGCAGGUCCCUCUUGGGCCAGGAAUUUAAGCAGAAGUUGUGGUCUCACCUGUGCUCUCGGGUGUGUCAGCACUCCUGGGAGACCAGCUCUCUCCCAACAGUAUUUGGGUAUGGAGAGCUGUGGCACUAGGUCAACUCCAGGGCACAGACAGAAACCGGAAGCUGUACGAAGACUUAAAUGGUAGUUGUUGUCCUGGAUUCCAAUUCACUGCUAAACCUGCUGAAUCUGAUGCCCUUCCUCUUGAUUAAAUGGAGUUAAAACAAUUUUGUUGCUUAAAAAGAAUGUUUCUAUUAAUCUUGCAGUUCAGACAUUGUUGACCACUACAACUUCAAAAUAAAGUUGGCUUUUUAAAAAUGUUAUAAAUGUGUUUUGACAUUUGCCUGCACACCUGGUGCUGUGGAGGCCAGAAGAGGGUGUUGGAUUCCUUUGAACUGGAGUUAUAGAUGGUUGUGAACUGAAUGAACCUUCAUAUGGGUACUGGAAAUUGAACUCAGAUCCCCUGGAACAACAUCCAUGGUUUUCGCUUUCCAGCCGAGCCCCAUUGUUGUUCAAGAUAGGGUUCCUCUGUUUGGAGCUGGCUAUCCUAGAACUCUUCUUUGUAGAUCAGGUUGACCUGAUCUUGCCUCUGCCUCCCAGGUGUUGGGAUUAAAGGCGUGUUCCAUGACACCUGACUCAAAUUUGAUAUUUUUUCUUCAUAGAUUUUCGUUACUGUAUCUUGUGUAGCACAGAUUUCUUUUUCUUAACCUUUCUCACUCUGCAUGAGUGAGUCAUCUUAAAGAUUACAGAAGUACUGGUCACCUUAUUAUGUAUACAGUGCUCUGCCUUUGUGUAUGCCUGCAAGCCAGAUGAAGGCACCAGAUCCCAUUACAGAUGGUUAUGAGCCACUGUGUGGUUGCUGGGAUUUGACCACAGGACCUCUGGAAGAACAGUCAGUGCUCCUAGCCUGCUGAUCCAUCUCUCCAUGCCCUAGGUGUCACUGAUAACUUAAAUAUUCUUUUUAUUUUGUUUGUGACAGCAUUUUAUUGUGUAGCCCUGGCCUACUUGGAACUUGCUAUGUAGACCAUGCUGGCCCAUAACUCAACAGAGAUCCAUUAUCUGCCUCUGCCUCCCUACCUUUUGGGUGCUAGAAAUAAAAACCUGCCCUGCUACUUCUGCUAAGGAGUAGUAUUAGUAAGUACUUUAAGAACCUUGUCCAUUAUCCUUGACUUUUUUAUACUUUUGAUAUUUAACUUUUUUCCAUGUUUAGUUAUAUUGUUUUAAGAACAGUUUGUAAAAAAUGUGUUUUGUAGUUUAAACAGUUUCAGUAGAGUUUUUUUGUGAGACAAACACUGCCCUCUUGUGGUUAGAAUAAGGUAACUGUUUUGGAAAACUGCUAGCCUAGCUGUGGUAAAACAAUAUGGUAUCCCUCCUUUGGAAUCCUUUCCACUUUCAAGGGGUUUCCUCACUUUCCUUUAGUAAAUCUACACUUGCUUUAUCGUAGUAGUAGUAGUAGUAGUAGUAGUGGUAGUGGUAGUAGUAGGGAUGAAUGUAAUAGUUUAUAUAGUAUUUUUGCUUAGAAAUAUUUGAUAUUUUUCUUCUCAGAUUUUUCUAGUGUAUGUAUAUAUUUUUCUCAUCCUUCUGUAUAUUUUCUUAGUGGGAUUAGGACAAUUAAAUAUAAACAAAAAUUAAGUUAUCAAAAAGAUAAAUUGCCCAGUCACUGAGCCACCGCCGAGGACUCAGCUGUCUCCCCCUCGAGCCCCCUCGCUUCCCGACGCUCCGUGGGCCCCCACCCCUCGCCCACCUUCUCCUGCAGCUGCCGCCUUCCGCAGGCCGUUUCCACCGAGGAAAAGGAAUCAUCGUAUCGUAUGUCCGCUAUCCAGAACCUCCACUCUUUCGACCCCUUUGCUGAUGCAAGUAAGGGUGGUGACCUGCUUCCUGCUGGCACCGAGGAUUAUAUCCAUGUAAAAAUUCAACAGAGAAACGUCAGAAAGACCCUUACAACUGUCCAAGGGAUCGCUUAUGAGUACGAUAAAAAGAAACUAGUGAAGGCGUUUAAGAAGAAAUUUGCCUGCAAUGGUACUGUAAUUGAGCAUCCAGAAUAUGGAGAAGUAAUUCAGCUACAGGGUGACCAGCGCAAGAACAUAUGCCAGUUCCUGAUAGAGACUGGGCUGGCUAAGGACGAUCAGCUGAAGGCUCAUGGGGUUUUUUGUUUGUUUGUUUGUUUUUGUUUUUGUUUUUUUGAGACAGGGUUUCUUUGUGUAGCCCUGGCUGAAUUUGACUUACUGUUUGUGGCUGAGGAAAAAGUCCGGAAGAAAUCUCUAGAUAUUUAUGUUUUAGAUCUAAUUAUUGCCAUAGUAUAA